UAACUAGAAUAAAUAAGUUAUUCCGUUUUUUCUAUCUGCGGCUACAAGAGUUCUUUUUAAAAAGUCAGUGACUGCUAGCGCUCCGAUAACCUGGUUGUUAUCAUAUACGCGGCUGAUAUAACAGAUCCUCAGUGAAAAAUAAUAAGUUCCACGAUUUUCAACAAGGAGCGCUAACAGUCACUGACUUUUUAGAUUGUAGCCGCUUUUUAAUAGCUCGAUACGCAACCAGUCUAUUAUCUACAUUCUACAACCACAUAAUAGAUAAAAGCUACAAAGUACAACCGUGUUGGGAAGUCACUGGUAACUCUAUCGGCUAUCUAUUUUAAAAUUUAAAUGAGUUUAUUAAACAUUUGAAGUUGUCAGUAGUUUUAAAGCCCGAUCUAAGACUAAUUCGUGUUUCUAAGAUUUAAGAUUGUUAUUAGUUUCAUUAUUAUUACUUAGUAUUGUUAUUUGUAACCCUUAUAAUUGACAUGCAAAUAUGAAAUAACUACCAAGUUAAAAAAAAAACUGUACCGUAUGAAAUGAAUAAACUAUGAAGACAUUUUACUUCCGCUGUGUUAUAAUAUUUCUUUUAAAUUCAAUAACUUUCAGUUUAGAAUCACAAAAUGACGAUGACCAUGUUGACACACUUUCAAAACCGAAAAAUAAAAAAAAUAAUACCAAUUUAAAAAUGAUACAUCAUCAAGAAGACUUGGAAUGUUUAGACUCUGAUAAACAAUGUUCAACCCUACCAUACCCUUGUAUACAUUGUUAUAUGAAUGAAACUUGUACAUAUGGCAAUCAAACGUUAGCUACUUGUAAAGCAAAUGUUAAAUGUGUGGGUGAAAUUGUAUUUGUAAAGAACCUUACUUGCCGAUAUUGUUAUCAAACUGAGCUUUGGGAACAUAAAUGUGACAAAAAAACCACCUGCAGUUCUGCUUCAUCUCCACCAAAUUAUUAUCGAACCAAUUGUACAGUCAAUAAAGAUGUUUUAUGCUUGGGAAAUAGAAUAUUUUAUAAAAGAUUACGAUGUAACUGGACUGGUGGACAUCGAUGGUCUACCGCUUUAAUCUUGAGCAUUACUUUGGGAGGAUUCGGUGUAGAUAGGUUUUAUUUGGGUCAUUGGCAAGAAGGUAUUGGAAAACUUUUCAGUUUUGGCGGUCUUGGAGUCUGGACACUUAUUGAUGUAUUAUUGAUCUCUAUUAGAUAUCUUGGCCCUGCAGAUGGUUCAUUGUACUUAUGAAAAAUUAUUUAAACAAUUGUUAUGAUUUUAAUUUCUGUCUUAUAUUUUUAAUUCUAAUGUACAAUUAUUAAUAAUAAUGUGCUCUCAAUA